CCAGCGAGAUGCUACGAACGGGACAGCGGCUUCCCCCGGAAGGCUGGCGGCGCUUCUGCGCAGGCGCGGCGCCGGAGCUCUAAGUGACUUGCCGUCUCUCUCCCCCCCCCGCAUUUCGCGAGUUGGGCGGUCCCGCCGGCGGGCUCCCUCUGGGGCGGUGGGCCGCACCAUGGCUUCGGCGGGGGUGGAGAAGCGGAAGCGGGUGAACCUGAGCGUGAAGCAGAAGCUGGAGCUGAUCGAGAAGCUGGAGUCGGGCUGGUCGGUGGCGCGGGUGUGCGAGGAGUACGGCGUGAAGAAGCAGACCGUGUCGGAUAUCCGCAAAGCCAAGGAGAAGCUGAAGAAGUUCGUGCUGAUGUGCGACGUCGACUCGACCAGCACGGCGGCCGAGAUCGGGGCCAGGAAGCACAUGAAGAUGUCGCAGGAGGCCUCGCUGGAGGAGGCGGUGCUGCGCUGGUACGUGGAGCGGCGCGCCGAGGGAGCCAAGGUCCGCCGGGUGGACCUGAAGGCGGCCGCCAACGCCAUCGCCGCCGACAUGAAGCUCGGCUUCAAGGCCAGCGACGGCUGGAUCUGGCGCUUCUACAAGCGCCACGGCAUCGACCACAAGCGCGCCGGCGGGGAGGCUGCCGCCGAGGAGAGGGCGCCGCUGGGCAGCGGCUUCUACAAGCGCUACCUCAUGUCGCAGAUCAGAUCCAAGAGCAAAGAGGCGGCAGAGAAAGCAACGAAAGAGAAGAAAAGUGCCGACCCCCAGUGGAAAGGAGGAGCAGGAAAUCUGGCCAAUCCCGUUCAGCCCCUGUGUAUUUCAGAGCCAAAAUCGGAAGAGACGGAUCUCGGAAAACCUCCCUGUGAAAUUCAGCCUCCGUCGGUUUCCGAGGAGCCGGGGUGGGGGGCGUCGCAAGCAAGCAAAGGAGAGCCGUUCCACGGGAUGGAAGAACGCUGGGAAGCCCAGUGGCAGCAGUUCCUCAAGACCCUGCAGCCCGCCCACAAAGGAGGGGACAACCCCGGUUUUUCAGAGCCUUCCCCUUGGGAAGACACCAAGGCCUUUCUAGCGUCCUUUGAGCAGGUGGCCCAGGCCUGCCAGUGGCCCUCAGAACAGUGGGUGGCCCAUCUUCUGCCAGCACUGAGUGGAGAAGCCAAAGAGGCCUUCCGAAGCCUGGAAGCCAGAGAUCGGGAGGACUAUGAGAAAGUGAAGGGCGCCAUCUUGCGAGGGGAAGCCUUGAAAAUGGAGAGGCAGCGCCAACAUUUUAGGCAGUUCUGCUGCCAGGAGGUGGGAGACCCCCGGAGGAUCCACAGCCAGCUCCAGGAGCUUUGUCUCCGGUGGCUGAAGCCGGAGAGACACACCAAGGAGCAGAUCCUGGAGCUGCUGAUCCUGGAGCAGUUCCUAGCCAGCCUCCCAUCGGACCUCCAGAGCUGGAUCCGGGCAGGAGGACCGGACACCUGUUCCCAGGCGGUGGCCCUGAUGGAGGAGUUCCUGAGGAGCCAGCAGAAUGUCAAAUCAGAGUCGUAUGAGGGCCCAGGGCUGAUCCAGGUGGCGGCUGGGAGUUUCCCCACCUCUGAGCAGAUGCCAUUCAUCCCCGCAGAGAGAGAGUUCGAUUGCAAGAUCAAGCAAGAGGAGGAGGAGGACGGGGGCAAUUCAGAAGGCGCUGAUGAAUGGAUCACCGAGAUGAAAGAGGGGGAUUCCCAGGGGGAGGACGUCGAGUCCAUUAAACUCCAGGGGACUCCUUGGAACAGUCUCCCCAAAGCCCAGGUGGGCAGAGACACCUCGGUGAGCCCCGAUGCUGUUUUGAAGACGAAGGCAGAAGAUGGCUCAAGUCAGCCCACGGUUGAAAUCUUCCCUCUGGCAGGAGAAGCGAGAAACCUCAGCCCACCGCUGGUCAAGAAACGGUACCGGAUCCGGGGCAAGAAGACCUGUUCCGUCUGCAGCAAGACCUUCAGCCGGAGCACCGUGCUGGCCGCGCACCAGCGGACCCACACGGGCGAGAAGCCGUUUGCCUGCCAGAGCUGCGGGAAGUGCUUCAGCUUCAAAUCGGCCCUGGUUGUGCACCAGAGGACCCACACGGGCGAGAGGCCCUAUUCGUGCGAUCGGUGCGGGAAGAGCUUCACCGUCAGCUGGGUCCUCACCAGGCACUACCGAGUCCACGCUAAAAAGGAGCAGCUGGGCUGCUUGGAGUGCGGGAAGAGCUUCGCCCAGAAGUCUCAGCUGCUCAACCACCAGAAAGUCCACGUCGGGGAGAAGCCCUUCCGGUGGGCCCAGCCCGGGGAAGCCUUUGGCGGUCGCGCUUUGACCGUUAAGAGGCAGGGAGGUUCCUGCUCCGGGGAAGCGAAACCCUUCGGAUGCCCGGAUUGUGAGAAGUCCUUCAACACGUCCUCCCAGUUGGACAGGCACCACCGGGUGCACACGGGGGAGAGGCCCUUCACGUGCUCUGAGUGCGGGAAGAGCUUCAGGCAGUGGCAGAUUCUGAUGGUGCACAAGAGGAUUCACACGGGCGAGAAGCCCUUUAAGUGUGCCACCUGCGGGAAGAGCUUUUCGAACCAGGCCAGCCACAUCCGGCACCGAAAAGUCCACACGGGGGAGAGGCCGCACCUCUGCGCCAUCUGCGGAAAACGGUUCCCCCAUCACGCGGUUCUCGCGAAGCACCAGAAAAUCCACAGCCGGGAAGCCCUAAACAGUCACAAGGUGGCGGAGGAGGAGGAGGAGGAGGAACCAGCAAAAGAAAUUUCGUAAAGGGAGAAUGGAGUCCUCUGAUUUGGGAAGUGGGACCAUAGGCAUCCUUUCCUAACCCUGUGGCCUCCAGAUGUGUGGAACCACUGGUCUCUUUGGGUGGAAGUGUCAGGAAUGGUACUUGAUCUCUGAAAAUAACUAGGUUCAGGAAGGUUGGCUUUGUAAAUCUGCAGGCCCUUGAGAAGCACUUGGUGGGCUCCACUUCUUGACAUCUGUCCAGCACUUGUGUAGGAGAAGCAGCCAUCGCCUUGGCUGGGACGUUCCUGAUGUUUGUAUCUGGGAUUUUAAGUUGGCUGGGUUCUCGGCCGGGUGACGAGGGAUUAUUGAAUGUCUGUGAAGUUGAUAGUCUCAGGGGUUUAGGAUCUUUCACCUAUUCACCGUAGCAACUCAGCGAGGCCGUUGAUGGAAGAUAGGGAGUCUGUGUAAAGGUGGCGUUUUUGUUGCCUAACGUGCUGUUUCUCAACCUUGGCAAAAUGGGGGAUUCUGGGAGUUGAAGUCCACCAAACUGGCCACGCUGGCCUCACAACGUGGUUGGGCACAAAAUUAGAAAGAUGCCCUUUCUUCCCCCCCCCCUUUUUUUUAGUUGAAACAAACAUGGUACAUUUUGGAAGUUUGGCUGAACCGUUUUGGAUAAUCUGCAAUUGGAGGGGGAAAAAAACCUGACCUUUAGAACUGGGCCUGUUCUGGUUUUGACUGAGGUAAAAUCCAGAGGCGUUUUAUGGGGUGAGUAGGACAGCACUCAAGCCCUACUCAGCUCUCUUCUUCCCACUUAUGGGGUGUGUGCCAUUAACUUCCUUCCCAAAUCAUAGCUGAUAGGUAAAGUGUUUGGAAGAUGGGGGGGGGGUGAGUCUGUAGGAUGUUACACAACCCAGGGCCUUGGCACUGGCAGUUAUUCACCCUGCCUUUCAUUUUUUCUUCUCAGUGGCCAUCACCACAACCAACAUACUUGGGUUUUCCCCAUAGUCCCUGCCAACAUCUCUCUCUCUCUAGAAUGUACCUUUUGUCAGCCUGGACCCAGAUCUGAAAUCAUGUAGGAAAAAGUCAUGUGCAGGAUUAUUUGUGCACCCCUAAUAGCAAAUCUUGGGCUAUUUCAGAAAGCUGAGAGUGAUUAGAUCUUUUUUUAGUACUUGGAUGGGAGAUCACAAGGAAAUCUCAGGGCUGCAGGCCAUACAGGCAUCUUAAAAAAAAAUAAAUAAAUCCUACAAGGCAGUAGUAGUAAAUGAGGCAGAUACUGGUGCCAAGCAAGAAAAAUGGACACGUGUAUGACAUCAACAAGAGCUGAGCUCAACUUUAUGUUUGUAUGGUCCAAUAGUAUAUAGUAUAGGAAUGGGAGCAAAUGGGAGGAAAAAAAAAUAAGAAAAUCGUUUUUUUUUUUUUUUUCAAUUUCAUUGUGUUUUUCAGUUCAUUUUGCUUCAGUGGAGUUUCUUACGCUGAAGGCUGUUGUCGCUUGUUCCCUCAAAAUUACCACAUUGAGAGGCUAAUGUGGGUCAUAGAAACUAAUUAAAAGGAAAUUAGAAGUAUUGUAA